AUGAAAUCCCUAUUUUUGUUAUUGUUUCUACCACUUCUGGUACACUGUCAACGAGAAUUGGAUUGUGGUUUCUUGAAUUCCACAUUCGAGUUCAAGGAUUGGGAUAAUGUUGAAAAAAGCUAUGUCGGUGGAUGUUGUACUUUCGAAUGUGUUAAGAUUCUUGACCGAAAUGAUAAGGAUUGGAGAGAAUCGAUUAACACGCGGGCAAUGUUUGUCAGUGAAUUAUACCGUGACGGAAACUGUUGCAAUGAUACUCCGUCGACCGUUGGGACAACUGAGACUUCUAGAUUGACGACGAUUACUACCACUUCUAAUAAUACCACUUUAAUUCCUACCACCUAUCACAGUGUCAGUCAAGAAAAAGUAUUAGGACCUGGAGGAGCUCCUGGAGGUUCUAGAUCAAACGACAAGGCAGGCUUUGAUUUCGAAACAACUACUUUAUCUUCUACAACUCCCAUCAGCACUGUUCUUCCCACAACUACUGAAUCUUCUUCUACUCGUUCCCUUCUUACUGGCAAUCUCGAAUGUGGUGCUCUUACAAACACUCCUUGUUGUACACCGGUCAUAACGAGAUGUCUUACUCGAGAGACAAAUGAUUGGUUGAGCUACGGCAGUAUUGAUGAAUUUGGAAAAGAUUUGAAAGACUGUGGAUGUUUUUUAACGACUACUGGUACAACUACCAGCACAGAAACACCUACAACUCCUUCAAACUCCUCAAGCUGUGGUUGGCUUGCCACCUCGUUCAACCUUGAUGCGUACACUAUUAAUGGAGGAACCGAUUUCUCCUACAAUGGAACAUGUUGCUCGGAUGUUGCAGUCAACACUUUGAAAAACGGACAUGAACUGGUUUUGAACACCAACAGUAGAUACAAUCAAUGGGAUUAUUUGGUGAAUUUAUUGUAUUGUGUUGAAGGAGCUUGCACUGAUCCGCCACGUUGGGAUAAUUGCUCGAGGUCCUCCACUUCAUCUUCUUCAUCAACAUUCCCUCAAACCACCACUUCAUCAAAGUUGACAACCUCUUCCGGCCGUACCACUGAUUCUAUCAUCAUCUCAACUGAUAGAGAGACGUCUUCCACUCCAAGCUCAAUCGCUGCAUCGAUCGAAACUGGAAAAGGAGACAACAACGAUGAGACGACUACUAUGGCAACGACUAGUACUGGAUCCACAUCUGAAACGAAGAUCACCACUGACGUCGAGUCGUCUUUAGGAACCACCAGCACCAAGUUGAGCUCAGAAGGAAGUACAGGGACUGGAAGCACCGGAAUUGAGACAACAACUCUGACGGCAACGACGCCUUCGUCUGUAGGAUCUACGACAACUUCCGAAGCAUCCACCACAGUCAGCACCGCCACUUCCUCAACACCGACCUCUGCAACUGAGACGACCGCAACGGAGAGUAGCGUGACAACUUCUGAAGACUCCACGACCGCAUCAACAUCGACCACGUCAUCUACACCGACAACGUCGCACACUUCUUUCUCUUCCCGCUCCUCUGACACCACUGAAACCACCAUGACAACACCGACAGCAUCGACCACAACAGUGACUGAAAGCUCGACAACUCCAACUUCGACAACAACGGAAUCCAUGUCAUCGGCGUCCACGACCUCCGGACAGACUGAACAAUCAACACCAACCACAGAAGUUACUGGAACCACCACCUCCCACACAACUUCUACUGGAUUAUCUGGAGUGUCGACGACUUCUGGAACAACUGGAACCACAACUGGAACAUCUGGAGUGUCUACUUCGACGAGCGCAACAGGAUCAACUACAACAACCGGUUCAGAUACCACAACAAACACCAAUGGAAUCUACAGUUCUACCACCCCAACGACAACUCCUGAGCAAACCACCACUUUCCCGUGGGCCACCGGUGGCACGACGAGAAUUCUGCCUUCGGGAGAGAUAAUCCUCUCGGAGUCCCUGAUCGCGUACGAAAACUGUACGACGGUUCUCAUGCAACUCAUUUUCAACCCGGUAACCAACACGACAAGAACGGAGUCAGCGAGGGAUGCCAAUGGAUGCAAGACGUCAACCACGACAUUGAUGAUAUCCACAACUCCAAUGACCACUCCAACUCACUCCAGUACCGCCAAGACAACCACCUACAACUGGCCAACCGGUGGAACGACGAAGAUUCUUCCUUCUGGAGAAAUCAUCUUGUCCGAGUCCCUCAUUGCAUACGAAAACUGUACCACGGUUCUCAUGCAGUUGAUAUUCAAUCCGUCAACCAAUCAGACCAGAACCGAGACGACCACAGAUGAAUACGGCUGCAGAACUUCUACCUCGACCUCCUCAAAGUUCUCCACGACGCCAAUGACGACGACGACUUCGGAACCCGGAACUACUGCAUCAACAUCUUCGAAGACCACCACCUACAACUGGCCUACCGGAGGAACCACAAGGAUUCUGCCUUCUGGAGAGAUCAUCCUCUCUGAGUCCCUGAUCGCCUACAACAACUGUACGACGGUUCUAAUGAAGUUGAUAUACAACCCAAAGACGAACAAAACCAGGACAGAGACGACGUCAGAUGCUGAAGGCUGUAAAGCCACCACUUCCUCUGUCUACAUCACCACGCCAAUCUCUGGAGGAUCCACUACACCAUCUCCAUCUGACGCCACGACAUCUUUCCAGUGGCCAACUGGUGGAACCACACGGAUGUUGCCCUCUGGAGAAAUCAUCAUCUCGGAGUCCUUGAUCGCAUUCAAAAAUUGCACCACCAUCUUAAUGCAGUUGAUAUACAGCCCGAGGACGAACACCACCAGGACAGAGACGACGGCAGAUGCAAACGGAUGUAAAGCGACGUCGACAGGAGCAGUAACCGGAUCUCCAGGAGUAACAUCUCCGAUGGCCACUCCCACAACAACGGAAACUCCAUUCACCUUCCCGGACAGCAAGACAACUCAAAUCUUGCCGAAUGGAGAAAUCAUUCUAUCGGAGUCCCUAACUGCCUAUCCAAAUUGCACAACUGUCCUUAAGCAGUUAAUUUUCAACCCGGCAACCAAUACUACCAGGACAAAGACGUCAUCGGAUGCUCAGGGUUGUAAAGCCACGACCACAACCAAGCCAUCAGCCACCACUCCGAUUCCACCAACGACUACAGCCAAAUCGUCCUCCACCACCCCUGUCGCCUUUAGCACUGCCUCUCCAGUCACCACUACUACCGAGAAAACCACCACCCCGAUUUCACCAACGACUACAACCAAGUCGUCCUCCAGUGGAGCCUCCACCACUGCCGUCCCAGUCACCACUACUACACCUCCACCGACGACUACAACUUCUCCACGACGCAGAACCAGAACCACCACUGCCGUCCCAGUCACUUGUCCGUUUCCAUCCAAUCUCAACCUGCAAUACACUAACCGUCCGACAUCUGAAGAGAUAAAGAAGAACUAUGCAGUUGGGGAACGGAUUAUCCAUAUAUGUAAAAAAUAUUAUAUGCAAGAAUUGUCCAAACAACCACUUCGGAUUUACCAAUGUGGAGAAGACGGGAAAUGGAUUGGAACGUUGCAGAAGUGUGUUUUGGAACCAGGACGAAAAGCAGAGUUGUAG